UCUUGGCAUCAAAUACUUCGUGUUACUUAUCAUCGCGACAUGACUGGCCCUACAGAAGAGCCGACUGAAAGGCAGUUGUUCAUCAAUGGCAGGUUUGUGCCAUCAUCAAAGGAAAGGUGUUCGAAUUAACUAGCCCCUAUACCAAUGAAAAAGUGGCAGAGAAGAGAUCUCUCUCCGGCAGACCGAGGUGUCUUCCUGCGAAAGAUUGCAUCGCUUAUUCAGGGUCAAGAGGAAGAGUUUGCGCACUUGGAAGCUUUGUCUACCGGAAAGCCGGUGUCCCGUUACGCUGAGUGGACUGUUCAAGGAUCAUGCAGUAUAAACACACCCGGUCACCUCAAUAUCACGGUGAAAGAGCCGUACGGAGUCGUGGCAGCCAUCAUCCCUUGGAACGUACCCCUCGCGUCCUUCGCCACGAAGAUUGCACCGGCGGUGGCAGCUGGAAACACCGUUGUUUUGAAAAGCAGCGAAAAGUCGCCUUUGACUAUUGGCUUGGGAGCCAAGCUGAUUGCCGAGGCCGGAUCCCCACCCGGUGUUGUAACCAUACUUCAUGGAUAUGGCCCGACCACCGGCAACGCGAUAGCCUCACACAUGGACGUUCGCUGUUUCAGCUUCACCGGAUCUAGCUUGACAGGACGGAAGUUUCAAGCCGCUGCGGCCAAGUCUAAUAUGAAAACCGUACACAUGGAGCUAGGGGUAAAGACCCUUGCCCUGAUCUUCGAGGAUGCGGACCUGGAAUCCGCAGCUGAGCAGACUCUAUUCAGCGUGCAAUUCUUCAGUGGACAGACCUGUAUCGCCAAUUCACGCAUUUACGUACAAGGAACAGUAACAGACAAGUUCCUCGCGUAUGAGCGGGUCAAAGCAUACCUUUCCUCGGGAAAGAAGAAGGGUAAGUUGACACUCGGCGGUGAUACAAAGGAUGGAAACUUCAUCAAGCCCACUGUGUUCGAGGAGGCGCCGGAGGAGUCUCAGAUCAUGAAAGAGGAUGUUUUCCGUCCUGUGUAUGCAUCCGUCUUCACCAAGAAUUUCGACCGGGCUCUGCAGGUAUCGAAGUUGCUUGAAGCCGGGACCGUUGGCGUUAACUGCACAAGUCCCUCCAUGACGAAAGAUAUGCUAUUCGGACACUGGAAAGGCAGUGGUAUCAGUCGUGAGGGUUAUCUGCAUAGCAUAGAUAGCUAUCUGGAGCCCAAGUCCAUUCUGGUCAAGACAGGCUAA